GACUAAAGCUUUCAGAGAGGAUUUAUUUUUCAGGGACAAGGAAUCAGAGUCCUCCCUCUUACCUGCACCUUGAAGGUUACUUAGCGAAAGCUAAAGACAGCGAGAAAACGUACUUUUCAGGUCCUCCUAAGGUCCACAUUCUUCUUUGUUCUCGGAGGACCUGGACUCUAUGGUCAGUGACGAAGAGGGGGGCCUCCAUCCUGUUGGCGCUUGCGUGCUGCGAGGUGGUUCCGCAUGCGCGGUGGGGUCGAGCGAAGCGCACGCUGAGGAGAGUCGGCGGUUGCUGCGGGUGGAUCAAGUCUGGUCUCUCCGAUUGAAGAGCGUGGCGCCGGACACCAGUGCGGGAUUCACACACAUACCUCAGAUUGCAGAAUGCCGGGUCUAAGUUGUAGAUUUUAUCAGCACAAAUUUCCUGAGGUGGAAGACGUAGUGAUGGUGAAUGUAAGGUCCAUUGCUGAAAUGGGAGCUUAUGUCAGCUUGCUGGAAUACAACAACAUCGAAGGCAUGAUUCUUCUGAGUGAGUUGUCCAGAAGGCGUAUCCGUUCUAUAAACAAACUCAUCCGAAUUGGCAGGAAUGAAUGUGUGGUUGUUAUCAGAGUGGACAAAGAAAAAGGAUAUAUUGAUUUGUCAAAAAGAAGAGUUUCUCCAGAGGAAGCAAUCAAAUGUGAAGAUAAAUUUACCAAAUCCAAAACUGUUUACAGCAUUCUUCGUCAUGUUGCUGAGGUCUUAGAAUAUACCAAGGACGAGCAGCUGGAAAGCCUGUUCCAGAGGACCGCUUGGGUCUUUGAUGACAAGUACAAGAGACCCGGAUACGGUGCCUAUGAUGCAUUUAAGCACGCAGUCUCAGACCCAUCUAUUUUGGAUGGCUUAGAUUUGAAUGAAGAUGAACGGGAAGUACUCAUUAACAAUAUUAAUAGGCGUUUGACCCCACAGGCUGUCAAAAUUCGAGCAGAUAUUGAAGUGGCUUGUUAUGGUUAUGAAGGCAUCGAUGCUGUAAAAGAAGCCCUGAGAGCAGGUUUGAAUUGUUCUACAGAAACCAUGCCCAUCAAGAUUAAUCUAAUAGCUCCUCCUCGGUAUGUAAUGACUACAACCACCCUGGAGAGAACAGAAGGCCUCUCUGUCCUCAACCAAGCUAUGGCUGUUAUAAAAGAAAAGAUUGAGGAAAAGAGGGGCGUCUUCAAUGUUCAAAUGGAGCCCAAAGUGGUCACAGAUACAGAUGAGACUGAACUUGCAAGGCAGCUGGAGAGGCUUGAGAGAGAAAAUGCCGAAGUGGAUGGAGAUGAUGAUGCGGAAGAAAUGGAAGCCAAAGCCGAAGAUUAACUUUGUGGGCAACAGAGUCCAGUUUAAGGAACACAAAGCAGCCUUCCUGGCUGUUAACCCUAGACUUGAAAGUUUUCCAGUAUUGAAAACUUCAAAGCUGAAUAUUUUUUAUUUCGAAGUAUUUAAAUGUUCC